CGGUGGGAGGCGCGGGCGGGCGACGGUGCGCGGCGUAGGCUCCUGCCUGUCCAGCAGCUUCCACCUGCCCAGUGACCAUGAUAGGGGCCAGCAGUUGCCUGUGAUCAUUCACAUACUUGUCUGUCCCUUUCGUGGCUGGAGGCUGCAAGCGUGAAGUUUGCUCACUGAGUGUGCAGAGGGGGUCCUCCUCACCGUCCCAAGCGUCAUGCCAGUGUUCGUCAGGUUCAACUCCAGCCAUGGCUUCCCAGUGGAGGUCGAUUCUGACACCAGCAUCUCCCAGCUCAAGGAGGUGGUUGCUAAGCGACAGGGGGUUCCAGCUGACCAGCUGCGUGUGAUCUUCGCAGGGAAGGAGCUUAGGAAUGACUUGACGGUGCAGAACUGUGACCUGGAUCAGCAGAGCAUCGUUCAUGUUGUGCAGAGACCAUGCAGAAAAGGUCAGGAAAUGAAAGCAACUGGAGGGGACAACCCCAGGAAUGCCACAGGAGGCUCUGAGAAGGAGCCCACGAGCUUAACUCGGGUGGACCUUGGCAGCUCUAUCCUGCCUACAGACUCUGUGGGGCUGGCUGUUGUUCUGAAUGCAGACAGCAGGAACAAUUCACCACCAGCUGGAGGUCCAGCAGAUAGACCAGUCUACAACAGCUUUUAUGUUUAUUGCAAAGGCCCCUGUCAAAGAGUGCAGCCAGGAAAACUCAGGGUACGGUGCGGCACCUGCAAGCAAGCAACACUCACCUUGGCCCAGCAUGAAAAACACAAGGUUACAAAGGGUCCGUCUUGCUGGGAUGAUGUCUUAAUUCCAAACCGAAUGAGUGGUGAAUGCCAGUCUCCAAACUGCCCUGGGACUAGAGCAGAAUUUUUCUUUAAAUGUGGAGCACACCCGACCUCCAACAAAGAAACAUCAGUAGCUCUGAACCUAAUCACAACAAAUAGCCGAGAUAUCACCUGCAUAACGUGUGCAGACAUCAGGAGCCCUGUCCUGGUUUUCCAGUGCAACUACCGCCAUGUGAUCUGCUUAGACUGUUUCCACUUGUACUGUGUGACAAGACUCAAUGACCGGCAGUUUGUCCAUGACCCCCAGCUCGGCUACUCCCUGCCUUGUGUGGCUGGCUGUCCAAACUCCUUGAUUAAAGAGCUCCAUCACUUCAGGAUUCUGGGAGAAGAGCAGUACAACCGAUACCAGCAGUAUGGAGCCGAAGAGUGCGUGCUGCAGAUGGGGGGCGUGCUGUGCCCCAGCCCCGGCUGUGGAGCAGGGCUGCUGCCUGAGCAAGGCCAGAGGAAAGUCACCUGUGAGGGCGGCGACGGCCUGGGCUGCGGGUUUGUCUUCUGCCAGGACUGCAGAGAAGUGUACCAUGAAGGAGAGUGCAGUGCCCUGUCUGCGGCCUCCGGAACGGCCACCCAGGCCUACCACGUUGAUGAGAGAGCCGCAGAGCGAGCUCGCUGGGAAGAAGCCUCCAAAGAAACCAUCAAGAAAACUACCAAGCCUUGUCCUCGUUGCCACGUACCAGUUGAAAAAAAUGGAGGCUGCAUGCACAUGAAGUGUCCACAGCCCCAGUGCAGGCUUGAGUGGUGCUGGAACUGCGGCUGCGAGUGGAACCGCACCUGCAUGGGGGACCACUGGUUCGAUGUGUAGCUGCGGCAGCUGGGGAACCUGCACUUGAUUGUGCCAUCUCCGUUGGAAACAUACACAGUGCCACACCUUCAUUUGCUGCUUCUUUUUCCAAACACACACAUGCAUGCACACACACGUGCAUGCACACACACACACACACACACACACACACUUCAACUUCUUUCCAAAAUAACAAAAGCAAAAUUAUAGAAGAAUCUCUUGGGUCCCUUUUACUGUGUCCGUGAAAAACAGCAGAGCCCAUUGCAACAGCAGCAAGAGGCAUUUUCUGGCGUCAGGAUGACACAAAUACCAGAGCAGAGAUUAAAGAGCAAUCCAUGCAUUUUGUAUAGAUUGUCAUUCUUGCAUGAAUUCAAUUCAGGCUGGAUCGGUACAUGGAGAGAGACUUCCCAGGUAUAAUUUCCUGCAUUUUACCUUCAAUAAAUGCUAUAAAGAAGCCAUUCACAAGGUGGGAAAUACUUUGGGGAACUAUUGUCCAUGGUUCUGUGUAAGACUGACUGCAAUAGAUUCUCAAAACGACAUUCAUGGCUUUAAGAGCAAUGCUCUUACGUAAAUUCUCACAGAGCAUCUGUUCCCAAAGAACCUGGGCAAUAGUCUGAAAUAUUUGUUCAUCUCCAAGAAUUCUACCUUUAUAAAUUGCACUGAGGAAAUAUCAACUAUGCAUAAGUCAGCUUGUCAACUAAGUGAGAAAUUAUGGAAGUUAAUUUGAAUGUUGAAUGUUUGCAAUACAGGAAAGAAAUUAAAACUUAAUGCACUUUCAUUCCAUUUAAUUAUUUGCAACUUUAGAAAGAAAUUGUUUUCCUGAAAAUUUUACAAACUCUGUAAUUUGUUUUUAAGUAUUCAUUUUGAAGCUUGGAGAUUUAGCUAAUACAUUUGGCUUCACCGUAAGUUUGCUGGAUAAAGUGCCUAUAAAGGAGAAACAGUUUCAUAAUGAUAUUUAAUGUUAACAAACAUGCAGUUUAUUACAUGAGAAUCUUUAAAGAAGGAGCAUUUCAAGGACUUUAAAAAUGAAAACGCGCCUGACUCUCUCGAUCGGAGGGUUUAUGCUCUUUCUGCAUAGUGGCUCAGUCCCCCAGUCUGCAAGUCCCAGGGAUCUCUGCACACCUGGUGGGUUCCACCAGGGGCAGCUCUUCACUUAGGACAGUAAAUUCACACUAGAAUAUUCCUCAUGUUAACAUGGAUUGAAUUUGAGUGUUGAUCAAAUUUUCAACUUUUUUUUUUUUUUUGAGGCAUUCACAAUACAUCAAGAAGAUUUACACUAGACGCAGCAACGCACAUUUUCUACUGCAGUGUGCAGAUGAGAAAGUAUGGAUAUAACCACUGUCUUUUGUUCUCAUUGAAUUGUCUGGCUUCUCAGGAAGAUCAUGAACAUAGCUGAGGGUGUGAUGAGUCUCACUAGCACAUGGAGUCCCUUUUGGAUUUAGAGACUCUGGGAAUUAUGAAAUGGAUAACAGGGCUUUUUUUAGGUAUAGCACCAGAAGUCCUUGCUAGUAGGAAGAGAGGGGAUGGACUCGGAAAUUUUCCAGGUCAUGUCCCAAGGAUAUCUGUCCCUCUUUCCCUGACUGCCUCAGAUGGUUCAUUUCUCCCAGUCCUCCAGGGACAAUUUCUUCCUGCUUUCCUUUUCCCUCAGAGGUGCCACUAGGGGCAGCCACAUCAGCAUUAAAAGCCUCAUCGAGCUUCACCAAAUGAGUCAGAAAAUCCAACUAUUCCAGCAUGGCCCCACAGCUGCCAGGCCUGCAUCAGGAAGCAUAAAGAUCAUAUAGAAAUGAUGGCGAGAUUAGUGUCUGUGCAGUGUAAGAAAAAGAAAGGUCACCAGGUAUGAGCCUGCGCAUCCCCAGGGCCCCUGUCCACGCAAAGUCUCCACCCAGUCAGGGCAUGACUUUGUAUCAUCUACAAUCCCAGUAAGUUUCAGCCCCUUACACUGACCCCAUGUGACAAAUCAGAUGGUACCUUCUGUCAUGCAGUGCACACAGCAUUCCAUCUCACCUCUAGCUUUCUUUUUUAAUGAUGUUUUCAUUAUCGCCUCCUUCUAAGUCUGCAUGGUGUGUUGGGUUUGCAAUGCCGGAACGAAGUUUGCUCCAUGAGUUGCAGGCACCCAGGUGUCCCUGGAGCUGGUUAGCUGUCCAGCAUGGUCUCUUCUCCUUUCUUGGUGGUGGUCUUUCUUUCUUUCUUUUUUCAGAAUAGAGUAGUGAUUCUUUAAGUUAAGGAAAAUACAGUUACUAUAUUUGAACGCAAAUCACAGACAACCUUAUUUGAGUAUAAAGGGUUUAACAAAAUAUGAAUGUAUUAAAAGAAUAGAAAUAGCUUUUGCAGAAGAAACUUUAUUUUUCUCUGAAAUGUGUUAAGAACUAUCUGACAGCUAUGUCUAA